GACUUAUCAAUAAAGAAAGGAAGACCAAAUACUACCACUAAUAAUAACUUCUAAGAAAGAAGAAACGAAACAACUUCUUCUUCUUCUUCUUCUUUCUUCUUCUUCUGGCUACUGCUAAAACCCAAAACAGAAACCACUGCUCAACAAUCAAGAUCUGGUGCAAUGGAUCUUCCGAACUCUCACCAUCACUACCAGAACCACCAUCAUCACAACCACCAGCAAAAGUCCAGGUACGUUUCAGUUCCCAACUCUUCUCGUUCUCACUACCCCGACGACCCCAAUUUCAACAACCCUCGUUAUCAACAACGUCAUCACCAUAUUCCACGACCUCACCCUCAGUCUCAGCCUCUGCCACCACCACCACCACCACCACCACCACGACACCAAAUGCCUUCGUUUCAACCCCUACCUCCGCCUCCGCCGCCGCCACAAUCAUCGUCUGCGGCCUAUCACCCUCCGCAGAUGCAUCCUUACAGUCCUGGACAAUCUCAAUCAUCUUUCGCUAAUCCUAAUCAUGAUCGUACUUGUUUUGAAGACGACUUAGCCAGAUCACCGUACCUUCAUCGCGAUUACUCCAUCUCGGCUAACGUUUCGAGGCAAUUAGACUUUGAGGAUGACCGCCCUAGGCAUCGUUUGGCCGAAUUUGAACCGGAAAUCCGGCAAGAAUUAUGGGAGCAACCGAGGGUUUUGGCCGAAACUAUGACUGAGAGGCCACACACGCCACUGGAUUUCGACCGCGGUUCUCAGAAGUUUCAGCUCGACCACAAACCUUUGUCUCCGUAUAAUAUGAACAGCAAAUUGAGACAUGCUUCUGAGGGCAUUUCUAGGUUUAGAGCAGAAUAUGUUGAUGGAUUUGAAUCAAAGCAUAGAGAUGAACUUUCAAGGGGUUUAGAAGAGGAUGACUAUUCUCGCCGAGGUAGCUUUUUGUCGAGUCCUGGUCCUUCUUUUCGCGAUGUAGGGUUCGCGUCUAAUCCUAGUUUGUCAGUGAGGGAUAUGGAUUUGGAAUCGGAGAGUUAUAAUCCCCGGUACGGCUCUUCUUAUAGUAAUGAUAUAUACAGGAGUGGUAGUAGAAGAGAGGGUGUUUGUCAUGACAACCAAAGAAGGGUUCACGAUCGAAAAUUUUCCAGAGAAUCCCAUAAUUCCUCUUUUGAGAAAGGAAACUCUGAGGUUAAUAAUGGCGAAGGGGCUCAUGUUGGCUCCGUGAAACGUGAGUAUUUUGGUCCAGAAUUGGGAAGGUACAAUAGUAGGGGAAGCAGGGAAGAUGCCCAUGAAUUUAAUCGUACUCCGAGGAAGCAGUUACAGAAGAAGAGUGCUUUACUUCGUCUUCAAAAAGGAAAGUCUAAUCACAGGAAUGUGGAUAGUGAGCAAUCGCAUUAUACUGGUUAUCAUGACAAUUCUAACUCCAGUUCUUUCAGGCGCAAAGAUCAAUAUGUGUAUGAAGAAGAAGAAGAAGAAGAAGAAAGAGAGGGAAGCCCAGUAGAGCUUGACGUUUCUUUUAAAUCUAAUUCACUGGUAGCUAAGGCAAUUGUGGUACCAUCGAGCUCUUCCAAUGUUACUGGUGCCGAUUUGACCAGUAGAGAUUUGAAAUUUAGGAAAGAUUCUUUAUCUGAUAAGGAUUGUUCAAAUCCAGAGCUUAGUAAAUUCUGUGAUACUACUGCAAAUAUGGAUGUUGGGAACGAUAGAUCUUCUCACAAGAAGGACACGACACAGUCAGAAGGAGUGGCUUCUUCUGGUGUUAAGAAUACGCGUGAUACUAGCACACAAGCUCAUUCAAGUGUGUCCAAUCGAUUGGUUAAAAAGACCGAAUUGAAAAAGUCUUCCGAAUGUGCUGAAAUUAAUAAUAAACAUGAUACUAAAGUUGGCUCUGAUAAUGGCUCUCGCAAGGUUGCUAAGAAGAAAAAAGUGGUGAGGAAAGUUAUAAAGAAAGUGCUACGCCCUCGUCCACAGGUGAAUUCACAACAAAAGAGAAAGCGUGAUGAACUUGCGAAAGCAGAUGUGUCCGUCCCUAGUCCAUCUGAAGCCUCCGGAAAUGACAAGGGUGAAUCAGUCUCUUGUCUUUGCCCCAAUGAAGUUAAAAUGAAGCAUGAAGGGAAAAAGUUAGAAGGGUUUGCUGCAGCUAUAGAGUCUGAGGAACUUGGCGUUAAUGACAAUUCUAGUAGGCAAAGCAUAAACAACAUAGACAAAAUUGGCAACAGCCUUUCAAGUUCUGAAGAUAUCAGGAUUGACAAAUGUCCAGAGUUAUCAGUCGAGGGCUUCCCUACCAUGUCAAAUAGUAACAAGGAUUUAGUUAGGUCACUCAGUGUAAGUACUAUUGAUAUUCCUGAAAUUGCAGAUGUGGUAAAUAUUAAAGAGUAUCAUCCAAGUGGUGACUCAUUAUUAUUUGAAGGUGCAUUAGAAAAGGACCCAAUACCAGUCACGUUGCCUAUUGGAGACAAUGUUGAUUCUGCACUCUUGAAUCCAGGGGAAAUCCAAAUGCACAACAAGCUUGUGAAUACAUAUUGUUACAACAGUGGCACAUCGGAUGUUGUCAGUGGCCUCACAUUGUCAAAUGAGGAAAGCAAAGUUUGUGAUGUUGGUACUAAUGAUGCUUUGAGCAAGCUACCUUGUAGUAUUGAGGUCGCUGCAUUGCAUGAUAAUAGUGUCCAAAAAGAUGCUACUUUGUCAGCAGAAAACUGUGCAAAAGUUGGUUUGUUAGAUUUAGGGAAGACCACCAUGGAUGAAGACAGCAGCUUGCACAUUGAUGAAACUACCUCUCUGGGAGACAACUUAAGAAAUAGUGAAAAGAACACUACCAUUUCCAGCAGUUGCACUGUGGACCACAUGCAACCAUCUACAGAUGGUGGUGCUGAAUUGUCUGAAAAUGGUGCCAUGAAAAACUUCCCUAAUACGAAAUCAUUUGGAAAUAAUAAAGGAGAUAAAUCUUUGAAUAGUAAGAAGAGAACAGUUAGAAGUCAGUUAGACUUUUCAAGUACAACUGACACUGCUUUAGAUGCUGUUAAUGUUUCUAACCCUACUACCGCUGUAGAUACAAUGUUAAGUUUUUCUGCUGACAAUGAAAAUAAUGCUGUUGUUUCUUGUAUGGGGAGUUUGGAUGUUGCCUUACCACCAGGUGAAGACCAAGCCAUUGUUCUGCAUCAAAAUAGUUCAUCUGAUGGGAUUUUCGACUCUAACUUGAUAGCUAGAGAUAAUGUCAAAGAUGAUUUCCACUUUACUCCACAUUGUAGAAAGAAGAGGAAAACUCUGAAUCCUCAUAUGGCUAUGCCUAGUCUAACAACUUCAGAGACUGAUGAACAGCCUUCAUCUACUUCUUGUGCAGAACUAUUUACUUCAAAUGAGGUUGCAAUGCAACAAAACACGGAUAUGAACAGAUCUAUUGCAGAUACUCCAUCUACUGCAACUAAUUUGACGCACUGUGUACAUGAGAUCACUGAAUUACCCAAAGGAUCUUCUAACACUGUGGUUGCUGUAAGGAGUGUCUUUAAUGACGAUACCUUGAAAUCUGAAAACCAACUUUGUUGUGAUCUAACUCUUGAGAAGUCAAUAAUUCCAACUGUGGAAUCGAUUUGUCCAGAAGGAUCAAGACAGGAACAAAAAAAUAUUGAUGCUGCAGUAGUGGCUGCUUUUGAUCAGCAUGCUGAGGCUUGUAAUAUGGAAAGAAGAGGAGUAGAAAGGCUGGGUGUGUCUGCAUCUAGAGAGCAAGUUAUUGGUCAAGAAGAACCUCCUGAAGUUAUUGCUCAAGAAGAGCCUCCUCAUUGCACAAUUCUUUCAAAUGUCCAGGCUCUAGAUAUAAAUCUGAGAUUUUCUUUUACAGGUGUGGAAUCUGAUAAUCUUCUUGUGAAAAAUGAAUUUCGCAGCUUGUCUAAUGAUCUCUCUUUGCCUGUUGAUCAAAAUGGAGUGUCCGCUGCUACCUCCAGUGAUGAAGCUAUGGAGUUGGUGCCUGAUGCUCUAAGAAACAUUGAUUCUCAGCACUCCCUGAUUACUGCAUCCAAUGCAUGCAUAUUAGAUGCCAUGUCUGGCUGUCAAAUAUCUAAUGAAACUUGUAGCGAAGAUGGAGAGCUGAUAAAAACGUUUGUGGAUACAGAUGGUUCUAUCGUAGCUGCUGAAAAAUCACUUUUGCAGUGUACUGAUGCUAAUCUAAAGUCAGAUUGUGCAACUGAAACGGACCAAGCAAUUGAGGAGAAGUUGAUAUCAUUGCCUUUGCAAGAUUCUGAAAGUUCUCCAAAAGGUGUGAAUAUCAGUAGUGAUGAUCACUACAAUGGGCAGAAGAACCAGCUGGGUCAUCCCCCUCCUAGAACCUUUCCUGGUAGUACAUCUUUUGCUGUCACCAACAUAAAAAGGAAAACCACAUCAACACAUGCCAACCCACGAACUUGGCAUCGAAAUAAUGUUUCUUCUGCAUCUCUUCCUGGAAGUAAGCCUUUCUCGAGGACUGAUCUUUCUCAAUCGCAGUUAACAGUUAAAGAUAGAAAGAUUCAAAGCACUUCUUAUGUACGAAAGGGCAAUAGCCUUGUUCGAAAGCCUUCUCCAGCUGCUUCUUUACCUCAGCGUUCUCCUGGUUUUUGUCCUGUUAACCGGUUGAGCUCAACUGGUUUAGAUGAAUCAAAGAGUAGCAUCAAAAAAGUUGAUGUUGGGAUGUCAAAUGGUUUCUUGAGGAAGGGGGAAACAAAGACUUCUUGUGAAAAGUCCAGAACAUCAUUAGUACAUAGUGGGACUAAAUUGCCUAAUGUCCCUAUAUCAUCAAGGGAUUGUACGUCUUCCCCAACAGCAGGGCCCCAUCUUAGUGGUUGCUUUGAAACUACAUCAGAUCCUAUAAGUUCAACAGAGAACACUGUCACAACUAAAUUUGUGAAGGAUUCACUGACUUCUGAAAACCAAAAUGGCAUACUUACUAGUUUGGAUAACCAGUCUGAAUUAGAUGAUGGGAAUUCGGCAUCUGUAGACCCAAAGAGAAUAGUGUAUGUAAAGCGCAAAUUGAAUCAGUUGGUUGCAACUUCAAAUUCUACUGAUUUGACGCAAUCGUCAUCCUUUGAUGGGUACUUCAAGAAGAGAAAAAAUCAGCUCGUAAGGACUUCACUGGAAAGCGACACCAAACAGCCCAUGGUUAUGCCUGAUGACAAUUUGAGUCUGGAUGUCCAAAUAACUCUCAAAGCUAUCUCAAGCAGAAGAUCGAAUAAGAAGCGUUCACAAAAGGCUGUUGCAAAGACAUUUAAACGCUCAUCAAACUCUCUGGUCUGGACACUGCGUAACUCACAGUCAUCAAAUAAUGAUAGUGGUACAAUAAGCCAUCAGAAGGUUUAUCCUCACCUUUUCCCUUGGAAGCGUACAACAUACUGGAGAAAUUCCAUGCAAAACUGGAAUUCGAUUUCCAAAAGUAAUUCCUUAGCAAUCAGUGGGAAAUUGCUGUUAUCAAGAAAGCGAGAUACAGUUUACACAAGGUCAACCAAUGGAUUUUCACUACGAAAAUCAAAGGUGUUAAGUGUUGGUGGAUCAAGUUUAAAAUGGUCAAAAUCCAUUGACAAACACUCAAAGAAAGCUCACGAGGAAGCUACACUUGCUGUUGCUGAGGUUGAGAAGAAGAAAAGAGAACAGAAAGGAUCUACACGCAAUAGUUCUGGUUCCAAGGACAGAAGUCAUUCUUCACGUGAGAGGAUAUUCCGUGUUGGCUCGUGCCGUUAUAAAAUGGACCCAUCAAGACGAACACUUCAGAGGAUAUCAGAUGAUGAUUCAUCAUUUGCUGCUACAGUUCAUCCUGAUAAGGAUGCAAAGAGAUCCUACAUCCCCAGGAGACUAGUGAUUGGCAAUAAUGAAUAUGUUCGGAUUGGAAACGGUAACCAGCUUGUUAGAGAUCCAAAGAAACGAACAAGGAUAUUGGCAAGUGAGAAGGUCCGUUGGAGUUUGCACACUGCCAGGGUCCGGCUGGCUAAAAAGAGAAAGUAUUGUCAGUUCUUUACAAGAUUUGGGAAGUGCAACAAGGAUAAUGGGAGAUGUCACUUCAUUCAUGAUCCAUCCAAAAUUGCAGUUUGUACAAAGUUUUUGAAUGGUUUAUGUUCUAAUGACAACUGCAAAUUGACCCACAAGGUUAUUCCAGAAAGAAUGCCAGAUUGCUCAUACUUUUUGCAAGGUUUAUGCACCAAUAAAAGCUGUCCUUACCGACAUGUAAAUGUGAAUCCAAAGGCAGCGACUUGUGAAGGAUUUCUCAGGGGAUAUUGUUCUGAUGGGAAUGAGUGCCGGAAGAAGCAUAGCUACAUCUGUCCAAGUUUUGAAGCUACAGGAACCUGUCUUCAAGAAUCCAAAUGCAAGCUCCAUCACCCUAAAAACCGAAUGCAGGAAAAGAAAAGGAAACGAUCAAGAGAAUUGAGAAAUGAUAGAGGGCGGUAUUUCGGCUCUCCAGAUCCCCAGGUUCCUGAGUCCAGAAAAGCGGGGUUUGAGAAGAACAUUGCACAAGAUUACAAUAACAUCAUUGCUAAUGAAAAUUUAACUGAUUUUAUUGCCAUGGAUGUUACCGACGAGGAUGCUGGAGAAAGCAAUGAUCCAUCAAGCGAGCAAACAACAUUUUGUGAUAGUGAUACCUCAGACUUACAACUAGAUGAUUUUGAAGAGCUACUGAUCAAACCAUUUCGCUUAAUGGAUUCAAGUCCAACGAGUUCUUCUCUAGUGUGAACACACUAGGAGGAGAUUAGUUUGUUGUAAAUGUAGGCACAACUGUACACCUUGGGAGAGAGUGUGUUUCUUUUUCUUUGUAUAGUUUUUUUUUCUCUUUUUUUUUUAGGUUAGAAUGGGUAAAUUUCUAUAUCUGUAUUUUACAGUGGCAAUACAAGAAAGAGAAAUUAGACAUUAUACACAAAAGUGAAAUUUGAGGUGCC